AUGUUUCAGAUACCUAUCGACAGACAUGGAAAAUCAAGAUCGUUAAGUCUACGCAGUAUAUACUUAAAUGAGCCUCCAAAAGUUAGAACAUUUCAAUUCAGUGAUCUUAAAAGUAGAGAAAAUUCUGAAAAAAAUCUAACAACAGAAACAAAAGGAAAUAAUGAAGUAAAAGAAAAGUUAUACUUUAAACCUUAUACGUCACUAAUACCAAAAAUGAGUUUAACUACAGAAAAAGUAUCUGAAAAAAAUCCACGCAUUUUAGAUUUGAGAGAAAAGUUAAAUGAAAUAUCAAGAAAGCAAGAUUGUAACGUUGAUAAAGUAACUAAAGGCCUCAUUAACGAUAUAACACAACAUUUAGUCGAUGAUAAAGAGGGGGAUGAGUCUGGACCGUAUAGUCUGUUAUUCGACCUUCAAACUAACCCUUCGACAUCUUCAAACCAAUUGAGAACAGAUUCAUGGAACUCAAAAGGAUUAGAAGAAAGUGUUGAAUCCAAUUCACAAAGCUUUAACAGAGUGACCAGUUUGCCUAACAAAAGCAUGGAAAGACUACCAAACGUUGUAAAUUUUGAUGAUAAACCAUUGAAAGAAUUCGAAUAUUCAUGUGAAAAAGAAUUUAAUUAUUUACCUAAAAAACCAUUUUGUACUCAAUCCCGAUCAGAUCUUUGCCUUCAAUUAAAAUCGCAUAUACAUUCUCGAACUUACGAAACGAACUUGUCUCCGAACGAUAACUCGUUGACGAAAAAUAACGAGGAAAAUUCAUUAGAUGAUAGCUUAGGUAUUCUCACACCUGAUCAGAUGGAUGAUAUAUGCUAUUUAGAAAAUGCCUUUUCUCCAACUGUAGAAGGAUUGCCGAUAUUUUGUGACAACAAUGAUUAUAAAACCUCUUCAGAUAACGGUGAUACUCCUUCUACUGAUAAAACGGACAGUAAUUCAGCAGCUUCAACAAUUCAAAACGAUGGUUUUGAAAAUAUUGGUAACAGAUGUAACAAAUUAAAAGACUCUUUUGCACCAAUAGCCACAAUAGAUGCUAUAGAUCCGAUCAUCAAUGAAGAUAGUAAUUUUAAAGCAUUUUGCUUUUCCAUUGAGGAAUCGUUAGAACAGGAAAAGAAGUCAUUAAAAGAUGACGCCAACUUAUCCAAGGAAGAUAUUUCUAAUUUAGUCGAGGAAGAAUUUUUACCAUCUAUCCAUGGUAGCAUUUUGGAGCCAGCUAGUUCUGUAGCCGAUACGACCGUUAAUUUAGAAAUACCUUUAGAUUGUAAGCACGGAAAUCAAUUAGGAUCGAAUCGGAUAGACCAAACGCCUUCACCUGAAGAUUUACCACUUGAUAGUUCAGAUCUUAAUGGUGAAAUAAGUACAUAUUCACAAUUUUCUGCUUCUACUUUACAUGACUCGCAAACCUAUUCGGAUAGUAAAAAUGAUAAAUCUAUGGAAACUUCAAAAGUUUCUAAUAGUUUUAUUACAAGCAUAACAAGUAUUACAAGUUUGGAUGGUUAUCAAGGAGAUGGUGAAAUGUCUAGACCUGUAAGCAGAAGUGCCGAUCAUAACGUUGGACCAAGGGAAGAUGCCAAUGAAAUGGACUGGCAAAAUGUACCUGUACCAAGAAGAGUUGAUCCCAUGACAGACUCUGAUUUCUUUACGGAAAGCGACGCUGACGGAUUAGAAGAACAUAUGCAAAGAGGUGAUCGUAAAGCACAAGUAAUCGAUGGCGCACUUUAUGGUGGCAAAAAUAUGAAAGGAAAUGCUCCUUUAAUUGUUAAUAGAAGUGAAGAUUCUUGUAUGGAAUCGAGUGGUGUUUAUACUGAUUUUGAGAAUCAACGUGCGUCACCUGUCUUUUUAAAUGUUAUUAAUGAUAUGUCUCCAGAUUCUACGACAUCUACACAUUCAGAAUGUAGUCAAAAAAGUUCUGGUUGUGGUAAGAUUAAUAAGAACUGCUUUACUCCCAUAGAAGACGCCCUAGAAGAACAGAACUCAGAUAUAUCUCACGUUAUUGAUGACGAAGAAACACCUAAAAAUACAAGUAAAAGAAAUUCUCUUAAUAGCGUUAAAGAUGCAAGGUGCGUUGAAAAAGGCAAAGAGGAGAAAAGAAGUUUUACCCUAAAAAAGUAUAAAAUGCCUAAACGCGACGUACCUAGUAAGUUAAAAACUAUGCUAGCUAGUAGAAAGACUGAAGUAAAUAAUAGUGUACAAAAUAGUCCAAAGGCAGUAAAAAAGCCGGAUAGACGUGAAAAUUUCUUGAAGAAGAACUCUAUGGACAUUAAAACAGAUUACAAGACAAAAUCUUUCAAAGAUAUAAAAUCAAAAGUGGAUUGUACCUUCACGCUACAACGAUCCCAAACUUCGUGCAGCGUCACCAGAAUGCUAAGCUCAAAAUCAACAAAUACUAAUACGAAACCUAAAAGCCGACAUAUACGAAUGCGAAUGGAGUUGGGAUCAGCUAAUGGCAGUGGCAAGAGCAGCUUGCACAGUUCUCAGAGCGACAUCAGCGCAACUAGCACUCCUAUGGGAAAACAUUCAACCAACCGCUUCCCUUUACUAAGAAAUGGAAAGAAACGGGAGAGCGUCCCGACGCCUACUACACCGAUUCGCCCUCCUGCCGCUUCCCAACCCCCGUCGACGACGGCAAAGAAAAAUGGAGUGGUGCAAAAGUUGUCGUCGUCACCCGUGUCGAUGCGCGCGCGUACUUCACUCGCCCCGCCCCCUUCGCCGCGAAAACCUGUUCCGCUCAGAGUACCUGCGCAAAGACCUAACACGCUCACGACUAGCAAAGAGCCUCCGCGUGUGUCGGCUGCAGUGGGUCCGCGGAGCAAGCGAGUGCAGACGCCGCAGCCAGUGCGCUCGCCGCCCGCGCCGCUCAGCACACCGCCCGCCCAGCCGCGUGAACACGCGGCCGCUCUUGCUCACGCUAGCAAAGGCGUUGAAGCAUUAGGGGUGCUCGUGCAGUACUUAGUGUUUCGUUUGGACGCGCUGAACAGCGGGACGUGGCGGCAAGAGGCGGAGAGAUGGCGCGGGGUGGCUGCAUCGGAGCGCAACAGCGCCGCGCGCGCCGACCGAGAUCGCCAGCAGCGCGCGCAAAAGGAUCUCGAUACCAUCGCGGAAUGCCUGAGCAAGAUCUCAGAGCUAGAGAUGGAGGUAUCAUCCAAGGAAGAAGCAAAUGCGCGUUUACAAGCCGCUCACAUUGAAGAGGUAUCCGCGUUGGCAAAUGACGUGAAGGGGUUAAAGAGUACAAUAGAGACCCUGAAGCAGGAAGUCGCAGAAAGCAGAGCACGCUUGCACGCACACAGUGAAAUCGAACGGACCUUGCGCGCACAGCUCGAAGCCGCACGGGCUGAAAUCGAGCGAAGCAACAAGUUGCGCAACUCGUCGACCGAGGAGUCGCGCGACGCGUUGUGCAAUAUGUGCGACGCAGCCUGCGAUCCCGUUUACUGUGAAGCGGAGGCGUAUGAGUUGCAAAUUAACACGAAAGAGGAAUUAAGUUCUGAUGCCACUGAAUUAGCGGCGGAGGUGCGAUCCCUGCGAGCAGUAAUCGAACUGAAGCAGGCGGAAAUGGCGUCAUUACGCGACGCGCGCACCGAGCUCGCGACUGAGAGAGAACGCCGCGCGGCCGCGGAGCGAGACGCGUGCGCGGCGCGACACGCCGCCGAGGAGUUGAGGGAGAGGGCGGCCGCGCGGCAGCGGGAGGCGGACCGGCUGCGGGACGACAACCGGCGGCUGCGCGAGCUGGCGGCGCGCGACCGCGACCACGCCGCGAGGACCGCGGCGCUCAACGAGGAGCUCCGGUACAAGCUCAGGCAGAAGUCGCAGGUGGUAUCACUUUUAGCGGGUGGAGGAUACAUAGAGCGGACACCGAUGCGCACACGCUCGUCGUCGGGCGACUCCGUGCGAUCGUCUUCCCCUCCGCCGGAUUCGCCCCCGUCCCCCGCCUCGUCUCCCGCACCAGACUCCCCCCCACUACCCGCCGUCAAGGGAGUCGUGGAGAAACACGACUCCGUCAGCUGGGUGCUCGAAAUCGAAGAAACGCCAGAAGAAAUGGCUUCGAGGCUGGCGCGGCGCUCGUCGUUCCGCGCGGCGGCGCCGGGCGGCGUGAAGCGGCGCGGCGGCGGCUCGCCCGGCAGCGGCUCGCCCGCGCCCGCCUCGCCCGCGCCCAACGCCUCCAAGCUCUUCCGGCCCGGCGACCUCGACUUCCCCCCCGCGCCGCCCCCGCUCAAGGAGUCCGCGGGGGAGGCCAUCUACAUCUACGACGACCGUCAGUAUUGAACCGACACACUAUACUAGUCUUGUGCUCGUGACGCGCGGAUACGAUAUUCUUGCCCGACUCCUGGACGGACGGUGUCAAAUAGUCUUAGUGGAACUGCGGGACCUAACCGGAACUUGUUUGUACUUUAGAACAGUGAAGUACGACGGUCGGUGUGAUCGUUCGAUUACGAGUAUUCGCUCUCGAGCUUCUCGAGGAUUGUAAUUGUCGCUACGUAUUUGAAUUCUCCCUGUAACGGAAGAUUAUCUAUUUAUAAAACGGAUUUUACCGAUUAUUUAUGAGCUUAUUAUUAUUUUAUGUAGUUUUAGUAUGUAUACACACGUGUUUGCUCUUUCUAAAGGAAUUAGCUUGUGGUGAUAUGAAUAUGUUUUUGUUCGCCAAUGAUAUUACAACGGAUAAGAUGUGUAAUAGUUAUUAGUUAUUGGGUUUAGCUCUUACAUUAUUUCCGGUUUUGAUCACUUAGAACUUUAGUGUCGUUACUUGUAAGUGAAUGAAAAUGUGAAAUGAAAUAAGGGAAUAAAUUCUAGACUCAAUUAUAGUAAGUCUGCUUUCUAUUCAGAAUUUAGCCUUAAUCUAUAUUUUAUCGAAUCGGCUAUAUUUUGAACUAAAACCUAUAAGUACCUGUGUUUUGCGCCAAUAAAUAUCCUAAUAUACGUAGACACUGUUGCUAGAUCUUAGCCUAGAACUGAUUUUAUUUCUGCUUUUUAUAUGUUCGCCUUAAUUUCGCCUUAAAGUUCGCCCUAAUUUCUUCAUUACUUUAGUCCAUCAAAUAAUUCUUGUCUUUCUAAUUUCUCUUUCAAUAAUAUUUAUUGGUGCAUAUUGUUUCCGAUAGCUUGAUUCGAAUGAACCGAUGCGUUCAUAUCAAUACUUAGAUGCCUCGUUCGUUCGUCAAUCGUAGCGGAUUUAGUCGUCUGCUAAUAUUGUAAGUUAGUCUUUGUAUUGUUUUGUGUCUAUUAUUAUAUUUAUAACUUAAUUAUUAUGAUAGUUUAUCAUGGUUGUUGGCAUUGUUUUUAUUUUUAUGUACAAAUAACAAUGAAAAAAUUAACGUAGUUUUAAGGUCGCGAGUGUCCGCGUAAGGACACCGCGAGCAGCGGUUAAGUUUGAUGCUACUUUUUAUAUUGAUCGAAGCUUUUGAAGAAUGUCUUCAGUUUUAUGUCACACAAUCCAUUUAAUCUAUAAUAGAUUACGAGUACUACACUAACAUAAUAAAGCGAUAUUCAAACCAAAGAGUCUCAUUCAUCUUAACUCUUUGUUAUGUUCCUUAUGAUUUUAAGUAAGCCCGUAAUUUUGAAUGUGUCAGAUAAUUCGGGCAACAUAUGUUGUAAUUAAUUUUAAGCUAAACAAUAUGAAUAAUACCAUUCCAAAUUAUGAAUUGUAAGCGAAAAUAAACACUACGUGAUUAGGAGAAUGUCUAUUAAUAAAAAAUAAAGUAUCUGAAUAUACUUCAA